AUGCCUACUGACAAGACUAUCUCCGAGAGACUCAAACUUGGUCAAGCUUCUUAUAAGAGUGGCAACUUAGUCGAAGCAUCACAUCAUCUCAAGUCUGCAUCUAAGAGUUGUGCCUGUCAAACAGGCAAGCCCAAUCUCGAAUGUACGUGUGUGAACUUCUCUGAUGCCUGCAAGAACCGUACCUUGGAUAGUGCCCUCCGCACAUCUUGCAAGUGCCCACGACGAGCCAACAAACGCUGCAAGGAUGAGUCGCACAUCACGGCCCUGGGUAGUCUGGUCAUGGUCGCCAUAAAGGCCAAAGAUCAUAAACUUGCCCAGAUAUACGCCCAAAACCUCAUCUACUUAGCCCCACGAGACCCCAGAGGGUAUUUACGCCUCGGCCAGGUCUUGCGCCUCAUGGAAAAGCACCACACUGCACUCUCAGUCUAUCAACAAGGUAUCGGGCUUGUGGCGCGGGCAAACCCUGACCACUCUGGUCUGAAAACUCUCAAAGAGCAAGAGAGCAUCCUCCGGAAGCUCACAUCACAAGUUGAUCCUUUAGAGGCACUACCGGCAGAGCUGCUCGUCCUGGUACUAGGCCAGCUCAACACUAGACAUCAUUGUCGAUGCCUUAGGUUGUCAAAAUCUUGGAAAGCCUUCAUGGAGAGCCAGGCCGCCCGGCCAACGUGGACAUGUCAGCAUUUCGACAGCAAGAUCUCCAAGGCGCCACCCAGGACAAUCAAGCCGUACAUGGCACAGAGAUACUUGGUCAAGUACCCGGGUGGUCAGCUCAGAUCGCUCAGGCUCGACGACUGCCGAAGCAUCCCGCUUGUGCGCGACAAGUUAACAGCAGUCUUGCGGGCGUGCCCCCAGCUUCAGCACCUUGCGCUAGACGGUGAAGUGAUGCUUGAGACUGGCGAGCUUCCUCCUUUGGAGAAGAUGCCAAAGCUGAUAUCGCUUAAACUCGCCCGCGAAGUGACCAUUCGCAUGCAACUUCUACAACACUUGAUCGAAGCGUCUCGGGAGACCCUCGAGGAGCUCGAUCUCUAUAAGCUUCCCUUUCAGGACCAGGGCAACCUCAUGCUACCUACACCGACCCGCUGGCCUGUCCUACCUAGGCUCUCGGCACUGCGGCUGAGGGGUUGGAACAAGCGCCACCGGGUUGAUAUGGAUUAUAUCGUCUAUAAUACUCCAAAUCUCCAAACAGUGUGGAUAGACUUCAUGUCAUAUACCACAAACCCUACGAUUGCCGCUGCGGCACGAUCUGGUCGUCCUUGCUGGCCGAAACUGAAACGCGCGUAUGUUGGCGAGGACGUCGUAUUCGGACCUGUGGGAGCAGCCCGCUUCCCACCGUUGCCCGAGUGCCUGGAAGAGCUGGUCGUUAACCACCAAGCUCUGCUUUCCGACUCCGUGUUUCACCCACCAUACGUCACUGAAGCGGCAGUAGCGGGAACAGAAGAUUGGGGAGCAGGAAGAAGGGAAGAAAUUCAGGUAUAUGAUGCUCCUCACAACGUCGCCCUGGGAGCUUUGAUGAUGCCUGCAUGGCACCUCCCCUGCCUGAAAACGAUCGUGCUCAAGGGCUCGGCGCCGCUGACGCACAUGGCGUUAAGAUGCCUCAUCGGGCCUGCCAUUUCCAGCGACAGACUGCGAUAUCUCGAGAUCCACCCGUUUCCCUGGGGACAGUUUGGCCCCAGAGGUCAGGCCAGAGAGUGGGCGGGGCCCAGCGACGGCGCAACCGGCGUCACAACGCUGGGUGUCAACAUGCUGAAUGGAGAGCUGGGCCGCAAUGUCAGCAACGUCGACGACGCUCUUCUACAGCUCGUGGGCCUCUUCCCUAACCUCGUCAACCUGGACAUUGGCAGUGAAACCGUCGCCUCGCCUACUCUGGGACGCAUCCUCGGAUCGAAUGGAGUCCAGACCAUCUACCAUAGCCAGGGGGCAAGUAUGUUUGAGGUCAAAGACUGGGCCGAGUCACGGGGCAAGAAUGUUGUCCAGGGUAGAUAUUACGACUACUACGCGCACAACCAAAUGGUUGAGUCGACGGGCGGUGUUGUUAACGGCUUAACGAAGUGA